AUGGAUCUGAAGUGGCUACUUUUCACAACCUUUCUAAUUUUUGGGUUAGUAACAAUAAAGGCACAUGGCGGGGACCAUCCACCACCACCACCACCACCACGAUCAUGAUCAUGACCAUGACCACGAUCACGACCACGACCAUGAUGAUGGAUUAGACAUAGAAGAUGAUCUGGAUGAUAUCGUUGAAGGUGAAGAGUCAAAAUUGGAUACCAGCACUCCACCUCCUGCUCCAAAGGUUACAUACAAAGCUCCAGUCCCAACUGGUGAUGUUAAUUUUGCAGAGUCAUUUGACAAAGGCACAUUGGAAGGGUGGAUUCUCUCAAGAGCCAAGAAAGAUGACACUGAUGAUGAGAUAGCUAAAUAUGAUGGCAAAUGGGAAGUUGCUGAGAUGAAAGAGACUAAACUCCCUGGGGACAAAGGACUUGUUCUGCUGUCAAGAGCCAAACACCAUGCUAUAGGCAGCAAACUUAAAAAGCCAUUCAUCUUUGAUAAGAAACCUUUGAUUGUUCAGUAUGAAGUGAAUUUUCAGAGUGGAAUAGAGUGUGGUGGAGCAUAUGUAAAGCUGCUGUCCAAGACACCUGAACAGAACCUGGAUCAGUUCCAUGAUAAAACGCCUUACACCAUUAUGUUUGGUCCUGACAAGUGUGGAGAAGAUUACAAGUUGCACUUCAUUUUCCGUCACAAAAACCCUAAAACUGGACAAUAUGAGGAGAAACACGCAAAGAGACCUGACACCGACUUGAAAUCCUACUUCUCUGACAAGAAGACUCAUCUCUACACACUAGUCUUGAAUCCUGAUAACAGCUUUGAAAUCCUGAUUGACCAAACUGUGGUAAACAGUGGCAACCUGCUAAACGACGUUAACCCCCCUGUCAAUCCACCCAAUGAGAUUGAGGACCCAGACGACAAGAAGCCUGAGGACUGGGAUGAAAGACCAAAAAUACCUGAUCCUGACGCUGUCAAACCAGAAGACUGGGAUGAGGAUGCUCCAGCAAAGGUCCCUGAUGAGAAUGCAGUAAAGCCCGAAGGUUGGCUGGAUGAUGAACCGGAGUACAUUGCUGACCCUGAUGCCGAAAAGCCUGAAGACUGGGAUGAGGAUAUGGAUGGAGAAUGGGAGGCACCUCAAGUGGCAAACCCCAAAUGUGAGUCUGCACCUGGCUGUGGAGUCUGGCAACGCCCCACAAUUGACAACCCUAACUACAAAGGAAAAUGGAAGGCACCAAUGAUUGACAACCCCAGCUACCAGGGUAUCUGGAAACCACGCAAGAUCCAAAAUCCAGAUUACUUUGAAGAUCUCGAGCCCUUCAAGAUGACUCCAUUUUACGCCAUUGGUCUGGAACUGUGGUCCAUGACUUCUGAUAUCUUCUUUGACAACUUCUUUGUGUGCAGUGACAGAGCUGUGGCUGAUGAUUGGGCAAAUGCUGGCUGGGGCUUGAAGAAAGCUGCUGAUGGAGCUGCUGAGCCCAGCGUAGUGGGUCAAAUGAUGGCUGCUGCUGAAGAGAGGCCCUGGCUUUGGAUUGUCUACAUCCUGACAGUGGCUUUGCCAGUGUUCCUCAUCAUUCUGUUCUGCUGCUCAGGCAAGAAGCAGCCUGCAGAUGUAAGGCACAAAAAAAAAAACCGAUUCCCCCCAGCCUGAUGUGAAAGAGGAGGAGGAAGAAGAGGAAGAGAAGGAGGCCAACAAAGAAGCAGAUCAAGACAAUAUUGAAGAGCAGGCUGAGGAGCAGACAUGUGAAGAAGGUGAAGAAGGUGCUGGACAAGGAAGCCAGGACGAAGAGGAGGAAGACGAACAAGAGUCCACAACUAAGGUAGA